UUUGUCAAACUGUUUCAGGCAAGUAAAACGCGUAAUGGCGUUCCGCGAAUUAAAAGGUCAAAAAGAGACAUCGUAUCAAACAAACCUCAUGGCAUGAAUUUGUGUGUAAUGUUUAUGUUGUCCCGAAUUUGUCAAACGUGUUUAUGAUAAUAUUAUUUAAGAGCCUAUUUUUAUUGUGAAAAACAAUGUCAGCAAACAAAGUAAACUGGGGCCUAGCUGCUGAAGAACAAGAAAAAUCAUUGCUGCAGCAACUGGCGAGCGUGGAGCUGCAGCCCAGGGACCUGCCCUCGCCCUCGCGCCCGCGGCCUGCGACCCCACCGUCCCGGGAGGAAGAGGCCCAGGAGAACGGCGGCGGGGGGGAUGCAGGGGCCAAGGACGACGAGGAGGAGACGUGCGGACCUGCAGAGGUGUCCCUGCUGCGCAAGAUAGUGCGCAAGGGGCUGGUGGAGAGCAUCCACGACAUCGAGGUGCAGCGCCAGAACCCGAGCUCCCCGCUCUACUCCAUCAAGUCCUUCGACGAGCUGCACCUGAAGCCCGAGCUGCUGAAGGGAGUGUACAACAUGGGCUUCAACGCUCCCUCCAAGAUCCAGGAGACGGCAGUGCCCACCUUGCUGGCUGACCCGCCCCAGAACAUGAUCGCACAGUCGCAGUCGGGCACGGGCAAGACGGCCGCCUUCGUGCUCGCCAUGCUGAGCCGUGUCGACACCUCCAAGCCGUACCCGCAGGCGCUGUGCCUGUCCCCCACGUACGAGCUGGCCAUCCAGACGGGCGAGGUCGCGGCCAAGAUGUCCCAGUUCUGCAAGGACAUCAAGAUCAGAUACGCGGUGCGCGGGGAAGAGCUGGCGCGCGGCUCCCGCAUCAAGGAGCACAUCAUCAUCGGCACGCCCGGCAAGGUGCUCGACUGGGGAGUCAAGUUCAAGUUCUUUGACCUGAGCAAGAUCUCGGUGUUCGUGCUGGACGAGGCGGACGUGAUGAUUGCAACCCAGGGCCACCAGGACCAGAGCUUCCGGAUACACAAGAUGCUGCCGCGCAACUGCCAGAUGAUGUUCUUCUCGGCCACGUACGAGAACGACGUGAUGGAGUUUGCGGAGGCGAUAGUCUCGUCGCCGGUGAUCAUCCGGCUGAAGCGGGAGGAGGAGAGCCUGGACAACAUCAAGCAGUUCUACGUGACGUGUCGCAGCGAGGAGGACAAGUUCCGCGCCAUCUCCAACAUCUACAGCGUCAUCACCAUCGGCCAGGCCAUCAUCUUCUGCCACACUCGCAAGACGGCGGCCUGGCUGUCGGAGAAGAUGUCGCAGGAGGGCCAUGCGGUCGCGCUGCUGACGGGCGACCUCACCGUGGACCAGCGGAUAGCCGUGCUGGACCGCUUCCGGGACGCCAAGGAGCGCGUGCUCAUCACCACCAACGUGCUGUCCCGGGGGAUCGACGUGGAGCUGGUGACCAUGGUGGUGAACUACGACCUGCCCAUGGACCUGCACCACCGCGCCGACUGCGAGACCUACCUGCACCGCAUCGGGCGCACGGGCCGCUUCGGCAAGUCCGGCCUCGCCAUCAACCUCAUCGACGGCCCGCAGUCCAUGGCGCAGCUGCGAGACAUCGAGAAGCACUUCGGCAAGAAGAUCUUCGAGCUGGACGCGCAGGACGCGGACGAGAUCGGCAAGCUGGGGCGCGACUGAGGACCCUCGUCGGUUGGCAGCACUGCGCACCCCUGGCUCGUGCUUCGCACCUUUCAGAAGACAUGCGUGUUUUUUUUUUAUCUUUUCGUUACGUGCGUGUGGUUUUUAAACCUUGCUUUCGGCUCGGGCGUUGGAACGUACGGUCAGUUGCGUGCCUGGCAAGCAAUAGUUGGUGCUGUGUGGGAGGGGUUGCAGCGUGCUGAUGAACUUGAAGAUGUGUGGGUGUGUUGCCGUAGUGCACAGACACAGACGAGCAGUCUGCUUACAUAAAAUUACGUGAAAGAACAGCACUGUGUCACAAACAUUAAAGUGUCACGUAAUGUUUUCAUGAUCUACAUAAACAAUAGAGUGCAUUACAGUAUAUAACAUUUAUAUUAUGUAAUUUUUUUUUCAAUACUGAAAUUUCACUCUAACUAUAACUAAUGAUAUAUGUGUUAAAUAAUUUUCUAAAGUGACAAUAACGAAGGACAGACGUUUACUUGCAGGGAUUUAAAGUGGAGCUGUUUUCCUUGUACUGACGUAAACCUUGGUUUGUGGUUUUUCCAUCCGUAGGUAAAGUUUUGUCUGCUGCCUGUGAAUGCUGAACAGAUACUAAAUAUUUAGUAUGCUAUAAUAUGCCAAAUUUGGACACUAAAAUAGACACAAUUUUGUUUAAAAAUGCCAUUAUAUAGAGGGAAUUGACAUUCAAGGCAAGUUAAAUAUUUCAGGUAGUUUUGGCUCGCAAAUCCCUCACAGAUUUAUUUGUAGAUGAUUCUGCUCACAUAUUUUUAUAUCCAUUCACAAAUAUCUGCAAGUUAUUAGUUAUUUGAAUCUGUAAUGUUUUUAAUGAGACUGUAAUGAGCAAAUGCAGUGGAAUGAUCGCAGGCAUAGCACGUCAGUCUGAUUCUAGAGGUUUGAAGGUUAUCGAAACGAAUGCGCACAUCUACAACAUUGCUGUUCCAUGGCAGAGUCUGCCAGGCUGGUAGGAAAAGUAAUUAAAUAUCUUGGUGGCCCUGUGCUGAUUCAGCAGUUUUGAAAAUUUACCAAACCAAAAAAUGUACAACAGAGACCAAUGUGACAGAUAUGAUUUAAGUGUAUUUUAUUGGAUCAUGUUGGUUCCAGUUGUAAGCACAAUGACUUUAUUGGGUUUCAGUGAUUUCUGUUGGGAGAAAUUGACCGAAUCACUCAAAAGUAACAGAGUGUGAUGUAAAACACUAGUAAACAAAUACCUUCCUGAUACAAUGGACAUAUAAGAAACACUCAGACUCGAAUACGGAUGAUUAUAACAGAAACAGACAUAAAUCAAUAAAAAAAAACAUAAUAAAAAA